AGUCAGUUUGCUCCAAGACGUUCGCAGCUUCAGUGCAGACGAAAUAAAAGAUCCACCAUCCAUGUGAAUAACGCUUUCAAUGGGUGCAUCCGUGCGGAUAUCAAAUGCGGCCGUUGAUUACUAAAAUAAUUGCUUAAUUACUUUUAUAACGCAAUAAGAAUACAUUUUUGUUUUGUGAUUUGAGCUGUUUUGAAAGUAUCGCUAUUUUUAUAAGAGCACUGUGUUUGAAGUAAAUAAGUGCACGGUUAUUGUAGUAAAGUAGCAUAGUUAUAGGCGCGGUGUGGAAAAAAUCUAAUAAAAUAAAAGUGUGUAACAUAAAGUUGUUGGCAUUCGGUGAAAAUACAAAAACCGUUAAAUUUUAGACGCUUGUGUUCCAUCAGCGGCUGCAAACGAAUACCAAACAUGUAAUAAUAAAUAUAAACUAACUAACUUUUAAUUUUAUUUCCAAAUUCGACGCCACGUUGUAAAUAUGUAGUAGUGUAAAAUAAUAUUUAUAAAGAGAUGAGUAACCACUAUCGUACAAAAAUUAAAAAUAAAUUCGUACCUGAUAAGCAUUGCAACAAAUGAAUGCCAAGUGAAAAGUACAAGUGAUCAGAGGGACAAAGCGACGUUGUUGUUAUGCAAGAAAUAGUGUUUAGUUUUUUAAUGAAACUUUGUUGUCAUAAAAAUGGCCAUCAAUAUAUUAGAUUAUGACCAUUACGCAAUCAGUGCGAUUGUCACGGUCAGCAUGCAGAUUUUAUUUUUCCUGAUUAACUCCAUUUUGCAAAUGGACAAGCUGACGGAUUUCGCGGGUGGUGUUAAUUUUAUUAUAAUAUCGCUGCUUACCUUCUUUCUGGGACAAAUUGACAGACCAUCAAAGGCGUACGACAGUCGACAACUUAUGGUCACCCUAUUCGUUUGUCUUUGGGGUGCACGUCUUUCUGGAUAUCUGCUGUAUCGCAUAAUCAAAUUGGGUCGCGAUAAACAGUUCGAAGACACAAGACGCAACAUAAUCAGAUACGCUGUUUUCUGGACGUUUCAGGCCGUUUGGGUUUAUGUGGUCUCAUUACCAGUCAUAAUCAUUAACUCGCCUCGGCAUUCACAGCCAAAUGCCCCCAAGACUAUGACGACAUUGGAUUCCACUGGCACGGGAAUGUUCAUAGUGGGAUUGCUAGCCGAAACAUAUGCGGAUUUGCAGAAGUUCUCUUUUCGACAGGAUCCAGCAAAUCAAGGAAAAUUUUGUAAUGACGGUCUGUGGAGUCUAUCGCGUCAUCCCAAUUACUUCGGCGAGGUUGUGAUCUGGUGGGGUAUUUUUGCCAUUUCAUUAAAUGUUAUCUCCGGUCACGAAUGGGUCGCUAUCGCUUCACCCAUCUUCACCACUUUCAUUAUACUUUUCCUCUCCGGUAUACCGUUGCGUGAGCGUUCGGCCGAUGAGAAAUAUAAAGACCAACUGGAAUAUCGUAAAUACAAAGCGUCCACAUCACCCUUAAUACCGAUACCGCCAUCGGUGUAUGUGGAAGUGCCGAGCGCAUUGAAAUUCAUCCUGUGUUGUGAGUUUCCCAUUUACGACACCAUGCGCAUCCAGAAAGACAUCAGUCCCUACUCCUUGUCCAUAGCACGUUCACACUCACAUAUAUAGCAAUCAGUUGCCCACUCGGGUAGUGGGCAACAUGGCGCUGUGGGACAUUCAUUACAGCGACACGGUACCGACGCGGGCUCCAUGCAUCGGGGCCAAUGCUAUGGUGCAAACGGUGGCGAUGCGGAGAGUCAUCAGAAUUGUGGUGGCAGCUGUCGUAAUGCACACAUCAAAUCGAAUCCAUAUCAGAGUGAGUCGGGCUAUGGUGGCUACACCGGUUACAACAUUAACGGUAGCACGUCACAACAACGGCAUGCCAAUCUCAACGCCGUGCACAACACCACCGAUGAUGAUGAUGAUACCGACGAUGGUAUUAUCUAUAUGCCAGGGCCAUCAUCGUCCAAAAAGCAGCCACACUACUUUCAUGCCCCCAUGGUGAACGCGAUGACGGCGGAGAAGAAACAUGCUGUCGAGCAAUCAGAUGGUGAGGAGCAGGUGGAGCAGGAACUCGAGGAGGACUAUGAUGAGGAUAUACCGCCAAUUGAUUUAAGUAAAGCGCCGAGCGUAGAAAGUUUCACGACGAAAGUGCAGACCGAGAAGGGUGUCAAUGCGGAUGGUGCGUCAUUUACGGUAACUACAAUACUGUGAUCGAACAGCGUUGAGUUGCAGUCAAAUUAAAAUUACAUAUACCUAUGUAUAUGCAUGUGGGUGUACCUGUACUGUGCGGGAGGCCGAAGCAUAUAUCGUGUGUGUAAUUGUUCAGUUCCAAAUGCAAUUACUUGAGUGAGUAUAAAAUUUUAUUUGUUGCACGCAUUCCAACAACUAAUGUAUUUGCCAGUAAUUAGAAGAAAAUAAAGACAGACACAGAGAGAGAGAGGAAGAGGAAAAAAGAGUCGAUCCAUGCCAUUUAGUGGCAUUUAAAAACCGAGAAAGUAUUAAAUUUAAUUGUGCUAUUCGAAAUGAUUUGCGUUGUUGUGUGCAAUAAUGUGCCAAAGGCUAACAUUUUAUUUAAGUAGCUAGCAAAUUUGUAUGAAUGUACGCUUGUAAGCUCUUUAAGUACGCAAAGGAAUGCCUAAUAUCAAAAUAAAAAACAAAAAAGCAGUAUAUAGAAGACCGCUUAUACUCUGAUCUCUAUGCCGUAGUAUGCAAAGUGCUAUUUUUAAUAAGUAAAAAAAAGAAAACAAGAAAAUUACUGUCUUAUAACUCAAUAAAGCUGUACAUUUGUAUAUGUACUGUAACAAAACUACAGUCCAAAGCAACAAAAACAAUUACAAUAUACUCUAAAAAUGUGCCUGUCAUUUGUUGCACUUAUUCAAAGUCUAUAAAAUUGUUAUGAAAUUAUGCAACCAAAAUACCUAAAUGAAACCCAAAAACAUAUAAUACUAUGAUAUAUUAAAAAAAUAAUAGGUAUGCACAUUAGGGUGGUGCUUAAUACACAGAAACGAAUUUUUAAAUUUCCCAAAUCUUAACUCUGCACGACUAUACAACUAUGCCGAAAAAACACACACAACAAUUUUAGUUCCAAUUGAGAAAAAUUCAAUUUUUUAGUCUUCAUGUAAAAAUAUAACACUUGAUCUCUGUGCAGCAAUCUUUAACCGCCUGCAAGCAAGUCGUAAACUUAUUUGUUAGUUUUAUGUGCGUGGUGUUAUCGAUUGAGGCGGUGAGACUGAAAAAAUCGUAUUUAUAAUUUUUUUAAGGACCACCCUAAGGUAUAUAUUUGACUCUAGAACGAAUUGUAUAUAAAAUUGCUUGUAAAUAGUUAUUUACAAACAUAUUUGUUGUUGAAUAUGUACCGUAAACCAAUUUUGAAUUCCUAACCAAAACCUAGAGUACUUCUGUCGAACAUUCUAUCUAUAAGUAAUAAGAACGACUAAGUUGUAGUUGAGUAUUACUGUUUAUUUCGAUGCCUUGAAAAUACUGCUUUCAUUUUCAUAUCAUAAGUUUUACAUUUUUAUGUCUUCUUAAGAUAUGUUAAAUAUAAAUACACUACAAAAUAAGCGCCAAAGAAGUCUUAUAUGGAGUUGUCUUAGUACCUCUUGAUAGGUCUACAGCUCAAGUUCUGUGCCAUAUCGAAUCUAACAUUUUGAAACUAUUUCUAACGUUGAAGUGUAUUUCUAUCAGGAAAAAGUUUUACGAAAACCCAAAAGCACUCUGGAGCGGCUCUUAGAAUAUUUGUCGAAUAAAAUCAAAACAAGAAAAAACGCUUACUUCGGCUGCAUCGAAGUUAUAAUACCCUACACGGGUGAAUUUUUUCUAACAUAAAUGGGUUUAAAAAAAUUCGUAUCUUGAUUUUGAUUGAUCAGUUUGAAUAACAGCUAUAUCCUUUAGUCGUCCGUUCUGAAAAAUUUAUAAAUUAUAGCGUUGCCUUAGGUUAUAUUCCAUGUCAAGUUUCUUGUCAAACAAAUAAGUUUUCCAUACAACAACUUGAUUUGGAUCUGUCAGUUUGUAUGACAGCUAUAUGCUAUAGUCCGAUAUCGGCGAUUCCGACUAGGGGGCUAGUUCACGUAUACUCAUAUACAAACAGGCGACAGCUCAUCAGCCGAAACUGUCAAAAACUCACUCGGGACCAAUAUGAUUCGAUUUUAACCCAAUGAAUCUCCGACUUAUUCUAAAGAGCAAAGUCAUGUUUACGAAAAUAUCAUAAUUUUUAAGAACUUAUUGUUCUUUUAUUAUUGACAUAAUGUACUCAUGAAAAUAGAGCUGCAUUUUUUGGCAAGCGAGUUGUUGUGAUUUUUCAUUAAGCAGCAUUACGAUCGCUUAACUUUUUACUGAGUUCUCUUGAAUAAAAUGGUUUAUAUUAUUUUAUUUCGUAUUAUAUAUGUGCUGCUUUAUUUUACGACUCAGUUGCAAACUAGUGCAGUUUUUAUUGCAUGUUUGUAGAUAUGUAUGUAUAUGUAAGUAAACUUUUAUAUGUUCAAAAAGUUGUUAUAUUUUCGUAUUAACCGAUUCUUGUGAUAGAGACAACUGGACGUUCGUUUACAUACAGAGUACUAUAAUAAGUAAAUAUGAAUGUAUGUGGAUAUACAUACAUAUAAGUAACAUAAAUAUGGGCAACUGAGGUAUCAGGGAAACAUUAUUUGUAAAUUUGGUAUUGAAGUCCCCAGCACCUCAAUACAACCGAUUUAAAUUCUUUAAUAUAUUUUUUCCACUAAAAUAAAAGUUGACUUCAAUAAAAUAAAAUUAAAGUCAAAGAAUAAUUUUAUUUUCGAAGUUUUGACUAUGUUAUCACCCAGAAAUAAUGCGAACGCUUUACAAACCCUUUUUAAAGGAUUUUUUUCAACCAUGAAAAGUCGGAAGAAAUUCUGAAAUCAAUUUUUGGUUACUAUUAUUCCGACAGUCGUUUCAGUUACUGUUUGAACAUAUGGUAUAUCUAUAUAAAUAUGGUACAUAGAUAUGUAGUUGCAAAAAUACUCAAUAGAAGUAGAUACUACUUGCUGCACAUAGUUAACGGCGGUAUUACACCACACAAGACCCACCAUCAUAGCAGAUGUCGCAUCAAACAUAUCCAAUAGCAAGCCCAACAAAAGUUUUAACUUUGAACUCGAAGUACAACUAACCAUAAAAGUUUUAAAUUAGAGAAACAAAAAAAAAAUUAAAUUGAACUACAUUAAUUUUAAGCCAUUGCAGAUUCCUUUAUAAAGUAGUUCAAGAACUUUAACAUAUCCAAUCUCGUAUGUCUGUAUGUACAUACAAACAUAUAACGAAGGCAACUAAAACAAAUUAGCAUGUUAAAGUCGUGUACUUGUUGCAAGAAAAUCAAAAUUACAUAUAAAAACUGAACAAGUAUUUUAAAUAUUUUCUACUUGUACACAUCCCCUGUAACCCCUUAUUAAGUGGAGAUGUGUUAUUGCAAGUUAAAUUGGAUGUGGAAAGAGUAAUGUAUUAAAAAGUAAGAGGCACUUUGAAAAUGUAGCAGGAGGGGAACAAAAACAACAAAAAUUCGAAAGACCUAAAUAUUUUUUGCUUUUGUUUUCUAGAGUAUUACACUUUACAACAAGAAAUUAUUACGGUAUAUUUAAAACCAUUUACAAUUAAAACAAAAAUUAAAACUGCAAACCUGCUGCUGCUUACUUUACAAUGUGCCCUAGGGGUUAGGCCAGUAGAGACUCUAGUAGAGCCAGUAGAGACUCAGUAGAGCCAUGAAAAUAAGCCUAUAUUUCAAAAUUUGUUCCAGGUUCAGGAAAAAUGGGCUUAUAUAAAGAAACAGUGAAAAAUUAUGUUGGCAUUUUGAUACAAAAUAGUGGCUACAGAGUCAAUCUUCGGUACAACGUAUUUCAAAACGGCCUCUACGGACAUCGGGAGUUCUAAGAACUCGUGUUAACUGAAACAAAACUAAAAUCGGUAUCUUAAUCUACAUGAGACUUGUUAGUAAAGUUGCUUUAAAUAAAUAAAUGUUUCGCAAAAUUGAAUGAUCA